AUGUCUUAUGUGGACGGCUAUGAUGCAGCAACAACUAACUCAGCCGAAAAGACAAAAAAGGAUUUGAAACAAAAAGAUAUUGCCGCCGAGUAUGGAAUAUCAAAGCAAUCUGUUUCUGAUAUCGUCAAAGCAAAAGAGCAGUGGGUAAAAAUUGAAUCAGGAACAACUUUAGCCAACUCCAAACGUGCACGAAGAGCAACCUAUGAUGCACGAAGUGACUUGGAUUUGAGUGAUAGUUUGCUGAUGGAAAAAGCCUUGAUAUUUGCCAAAGAAUUCGAAGUUUCUGACAAGUUUCUAGCUUCUUUCCGUGAGAAACUUCAAGAUAUAAUCAAAGAUUAUGAACCUCAAGAUGUAUUCAACUGUGAUGAAACAGCAUUAUAUUGA